AUGUGGUUCAGCAGAUGGUGGAGGGAAGAUGCCGACACUGGCGAUGAGGAGGUGGAUGACACUGAUGAGGAAGGUGAGGAAUACGAUGAAAGAGACGAAUAUCAUUAUGAUGACGAUGAGGAGAAAUUGGGUCUUAAAGAGGAGAUAGAUCGUCAUGACUUGGAGGUCGUGUUUGAGAAAGCGAUGAACAUCUGGGAUGAUCUCCACUACCAUAUCUUCCAGACAUGGCUUCCUGUAUUAGCAAAAAUAUAG